AAUGAUGGUUUUUUUAUAACUGGAGAUGUUGUUCAAGUUAAUGAUAAUGGAUCAUUGAAAUUUUUAGAUAGAUCAAAGGGUUUAGUUAAAUUAUCACAAGGAGAAUACAUAGAAACAGAAAUGUUGAAUAAUCUCUAUUCACAAAUACCAUUUGUUAAUUUUUGUGUCGUAUAUGGAGAUGACUCCAUGGAUGGUCCAUUGGCUAUCAUUUCGGUUGAUAAAUCUUUACUUUUUACAAGUUUAAAGAAUGAUAAUAUGUUAGAAAAAACUGGCGUUAAUGAAAAAAAUUAUGAAGACAAAUUAAUUGAUGAAACAUUAAAUGAGACUAUUUAUGUUGAUUAUGUUAAAGAAAAAAUGAUGGAACUUUAUAAAGGAACCAAUUUAAGCAGAUAUAAUAUUAUUAAUCAUAUAUAUUUAACAUCCAAAAUAUGGGAUACCAAUAAUUAUCUUACUCCAACAUUAAAGGUUAAAAGAUUUCAUUUGUUUAAAGAUUUUUCUUUUUAUAUAGAUAUAGUUAAACAGAAAUAUGUAGAUAAAUUAAAAGGAAAUAAUAGUAGUAGUGUGAAUAAUGGAAAAAAAGACGAAAAAAAAGAAGAGAAAGAUUCAAAAAAAUUAUCAAAUGAGUCAAUUUCAAAAGGACAUCCGAAUGAUAUGAGAAAACAUGAAAACCAUGUUGAAAAUAAAAAGGUCAAAUUAAGAGUUACAAAUAAUACGCAAGAACACGAAAGGAAUAAAUAA